AAAACCCCUUGGUGGAGUCUUCUAAUCCCGAAGUAGAGCAGGACCAACAUUCCGCAGUUGGUGUUCCCUCAAUCGUUAUCUGCUCGGACGAUACUUCAGACGAAGAGGUAGAGCCCAUGGCAGGAAAGGGAAAGUCUCUAAAGGAGCUGAUGACCUCUCGGGGGAAAGGUCAGUCAUCAAAGGUUCAGCCAUCGAAGGGACCAAGUCCAUCAAAGGUCAAAACCCUUCCCCCUGUGGUCCCCCAGGGCGUCUCGGACCCUGGCCUUAAGGUUAUCCCGGACCUGAAGAAGAAGAGGCCGGUGGACACGCCUGAGGAAGGCGAGGUGGCUGUCCAGCCGACCAAGCAGCAGAAAACCACACGGGCGCCAAGGAGCAGAAGGGGCACCUCCUCGGACAGCAGGGAUGAGGGAAACCUUGCUGAAGUGCGCACUUCCCCUCGUCCAUGGGACCCAAAGUUGGAGCUGGAUGGGCUCGCCAUUCCUUACACUGCUUCGGUCCGAGAGUAUAAUCGUGGCCGGGCAGGGUACGUGGCGGAGGUCUUAGAGCAGCCCCUACUUCUUCCUCGGGACAUGGAGGCCUACAGGCGGUGCACUCAGUCCGAGCUCUUCCUAUCCCUUAAAAGGGAUCUCGCGCUGAUUACUCAGCAGGUCUUCGUGGCUGAGGAGUUUUGCCGUAAUAGCCGCAAUCUGGCUGAGGCUGAGACCCAGGCUCGGACAGAGGUGGAGAAAGCCUUGGGGUCCCUCAAGCAUGAUCACAUUAAACUCACGGCUGAGUUCAAGGAUUCGGAGAACCGACGUAAAAGUGCAGAGGCUGGCUUGAAGAGUGCCGAGGAUCAGGCGGAGGACCAGCGCAAACAACUGUACACGGCUCAGCUUAACCUUAACACCGAGAGGCAGGCAGUGCAGGACCUCAAAACUGCCCUGCAAAAAGUAGAGGAUGAGCUGAGGCGGGUAAAGGAGGAUGCUCAGCUGAUCCGAGAGGCAAUAGAGGCCGAGAAGGAGGCCGCUCGACAGCUUGGGGCCGAAGAGACGGAGGCCAGGCUAUCUGAGGAGAUUCCCGAGGUAUGCAGGGAUUACUGCAGUAUUUCAUGGGCUCAUGCUCUUGAUGCUGCAGGAGUUCCUGCGGAUUCGGCACUAAGACUGCCCGAGAGCAUCUUCUAUCCUCCAGAGAUCCGAGCUAACCCUGAUGAAGCCCAAGUCGCUUCGGAGCAAGACCUGGCGGUGCCUGAUGCCAUCCUUGUGCCUGAUGUGGCUAAGGAUCCUGCCACAGACUCUACCAUUGAGGUUCCUCCUCCUCAGCCCGAGCAGAAAGAAGAUUCUCCCGCUAAGGCUUAGCCCCCUUUUUUUUUUUUUUAAUGAGAGUUGUCUUGUUUUUUCAUUCUUUUGUAAGGACCUCUCCUUUUAAUGUACUCGGAAUAUUAAUAUAAAAUGUUUGUUUUGCUUACUAAGAAUGUAUGUCAAUAGCGUUCUUUUUUAAACAUUUGCAACGAGGUAGAUACAGGCAA